AUGCCUCCAUUGACACAAAUCAUUUUCCUAGCCAACACCAUCACCUUGCUGAUCAUCUGGAGGAGGAACUGCAUGCUCUCCAGGUCCAGCACCUUCUAUCUGAUGGCCAUCUCUGUGGCUGACAACCUUGUAUUGAUCUUCAUUGUGGUUCUUGAGCUUUCUGUUAAGUACCACCAACAGGAGCCGUUUUGGAGUUACGAGCCGUGGUGUAACCUAAGGGAUAUUUUUAACUACGGUGCCUACAAUUCCUCAACCUGGUUGGUGGUUGUGUUCACAGUAGAACGUUUUGUCGCCAUCCACACAUGGAAAAUGAAAACCAAAAUCUGCACCUCGAAAUGUGCAGCAUGGACUAUUACAGCUGUCUUUCUCUUAAGUCAUUUCUUUGCCAUUCCUUACUACUGGUCCAAUGUGUCAGUCUUCGAGAACAACCAGACCAGAUGUAUUUACAAACCAGAGGCCCCGUCUCAUUUCAUUCAUGCACUAGUUUGGUGUCAAACAUUGCAAGCCUACAUACUGCCCUUCCUCAUCAUCCUCACACUUAACGGGCUGACCCUGCGUCUGAUCUCUCUCAGCAACCGCAUUCACAUCACUACAGAUUCAACGUCCAGGGUCCACAAGGUCAUGCCCCUGAUGCGCUCCAGGAAGAGGAAAUCUGUGGUGCUUCUGGUGACUGUGUCCAUGAGUUUUGUCCUGCUGUCUGUCACCCGUGCUAUAACUCAGAUCAUCCUCCGCACGACUCAUAUGUACACUUUGGAUCGUAAUGAUUAUAAUCUCAAGAUAAACAUAGCAGCUGAUACUGGCACCAUGCUGAGUCUGAGCAACGCGGCUGUCAACAUGUACCUGUAUGUCUGCACCCAGUCCAAGUUUCGCCAGCAGUUCUUAGCCUGCAUCAGACAGGUGACUUUCUACUGCGAAACAAAGCUCUAG